CAGGUGUCAAAUGCAAUGAGGCAACAUAACAUUUUAGAACUGAAGAAUUUCCCUUUUUCAUUUAAGAAAUGGUGAGCAGCCAACCUCUUCCUAUCUCAGACAAUGGGAAAAGGAAAAAAAAGAAACGGACCAGAGCUUCAGAUCAUUUCCCAGGAAGGUUUGAAGAUUUAUACAAACUUACUGCAGAGUUGCUUGGUGAAGGGUCCUGUGCCAAAGUUCAGGGAGCUGUCAGCUUGCAAAAUGGGAAGGAGUAUGCAGUUAAGAUAAUUGAAAAAAGUGCUGGGCGUAGCCGGAGUCGGGUAUUUCGGGAAGUGGAAACAUUGUAUCAAUGUCAAGGUAACAAGAACAUUUUGGAACUAGUAGAAUUUUUUGAAGAUGAUGCAAAGUACUACCUUGUCUUUGAAAAGCUGCUUGGAGGCUCUAUCCUGGCCCAUAUACAAAAGCAAAAGCACUUUAAUGAGAGAGAAGCCAGCAGGGUAGUGAAAGCUAUUGCCUGUGCUCUGGAUUUCCUCCACACAAAAGGUAUUGCUCAUCGAGAUUUGAAGCCAGAAAACAUACUCUGUGAAUCUCACGAUAAGGUGUCACCGGUGAAAAUUUGUGACUUUGACCUUGGGAGUGGAAUGAAGCUCAACAGUGCAUGUACACCAAUAACUACGCCUGAAUUGACUACUCCAUGUGGUUCUGCAGAGUACAUGGCCCCUGAGGUAGUAGAAGUAUUCACAGAUGAAGCCACAUUCUAUGACAAGCGCUGUGAUCUGUGGAGCUUGGGCGUGAUUUUGUACAUCAUGUUAAGUGGCUAUCCUCCUUUUGUGGGGAAUUGUGGCACAGACUGUGGCUGGGACAGAGGAGAAGUCUGCAAAAUUUGCCAGAACAAACUCUUUGAGAGUAUCCAAGAAGGCAAGUAUGAGUUUCCUGACAAGGACUGGUUGCAUAUCUCCAGUGAUGCCAAAGAUCUGAUCUCCAAGUUGCUAGUUCGUAAUGCCAAGGAGAGGCUUAGCGCUGCUCAGGUUCUGCAGCAUCCCUGGGUGCAAGGGAAUGCUUCUGAAAGAGGACUGCCUACACCACAAGUUCUUCAAAGGAACAGCAGCACAAAAGAGCUCACUCUCUUUGCAGCUGAGGCUAUUGCUCUAAACCGCCAGCUCUCCCAGCAUGAAAAUCAUCUCGGUGAAGAGGAAGAAAGUAUCUCUCAGGCCAUAUGUUCCAUGAAGCUUUCACCCCCUUCAAAGUCCCGCCUUGCCAAACGCAGAGCUCUGAGUCAGGCCACAAAAAACAGUGAAUUCCAACCAGCUACUCCUGCUGCCUUUUGAUACUAAUUUUCAAGUUUCAGCAGUGGGGUAGGGGUCAGUUUUUGUAUAAUUAUUUUAAAGGACUCUGGGUUUAUCAGUGUUAAAACUUUGUAGAACAAAACUUUUAAUGAAGUGAAUUAAAGGACAGUUUUCUUGGAAUGUCUUUUUAAAAUUUGAAAAUGAAUUGUAUAAAGUUUUUAGAUACUGCUGCUAUGAUGCAACAAGACUAUAUUUACACAUCAGUUUCUGUGACUAGAGCAUACACUUCCAUGACCAGCCCUGUGGCUGGUAGAGAUAUGAUUGAAUGAGCUAGAUGUAGUUGUAUAGUUCUAUUACUUACCUGUAUCUACCAUGUAAUUGAGGUGGCCCAUUCAGUUUAACAUUCUUCAGCUUUCCUUUAAGAGCAGAGUUAUAUGUUACUCUUUACUUGUAUGAAUGUAUAUAAACACUAUUUUAGAAUGAAUAGGGGCAAAGCUGCUUCAAUGCUUGUGUUAUCCCGGUAGAAGUAACCUACUCCCACCCCCAUUCAGUCACUGAUGGAGACUGCAUCUUAAGUAUGGCAUUGGCAAAAAGUACUUUGGGGAGCAGUCCUUCCAACAUAUAAAGGCUUCCUGCCUUUAGUAAUGUUUGUCUUGUAAGCUCAAAUUUCCAAAUCACUCUUUUACAUUGCAUCUACGUGAAAUGUUUAACUUUCAAAGUAUUUCCAAAGGAAUGCACCUUCUCACUAUCCAUUACAGCUCCUACAUAGAGUGCCCUGGGAAAUUCUUCCCUGUGAUAGCAACAUCUGUAAGCUCUUUUUUUUGGGGGGGGGGGCGUUUCUACUCAAAUGUGCCAUGAGAAAUAUGGGAUGUUGCAUUUGUCUGAGCAGCAAUGACAAAAUUUAUAUUUCACCAUUCUUCAUUGUAGUCUCACCAUUGGAAAGAGCUUAUAGUGGUGCUUGCAUCAUGGUGGUUCUUUGAAUAGGUUGUGACUCAAAGGACAAGAGUGUUCAAGACUCAGUGCAGCAGUCUUGCUGCUUGUGACCUUUGCAUGUCAACACAAAUGAUUCUCAAAUUUUUUUGAAAUUGGAAUAUACACAUAGCACCUGGUCUUCCACCUCCCCUUUGUCCCAUUAUGAUGUAUCUAAUUCUCGCAGUCACUCACAUAAGCCCCCUGCCCUCAGUUUGGUGUGCUAAUUCCACAGCUGUUUCCUUAAUACAAGCAUUGUACUAUAGCAGGCAACAUUUUUGAUAGCAUCUUGCAUAUUUGUGAUCAAUAUUUCCUUUUCCAUCACACAAGCAAGUACCUGGAGAGCACCCAAUUAUUAGAUAUUUUAUUAUUUUGAUAAGACUUGUUUCAGGUACAGUGCUGAAUUUCUUCUUGUACAAAAAUUUGCAGCUUUUGUGAUAAGUAGUCAUGUUCCAAUUAAAAAAAAAAAGAUGCACUGUUUAGCUGGAUAAACCAGUCCCAACACUGCUUUCUAUUUUGGUCAGUUUAUUUGGUCAGUUUAAGAAAGUGUGAUCUUGGGACAAGCAUUCCAUAAUCAGUCUAAAGCAUUGAUGUAUGCUAAUUACAUGGCCUGAAAUUACAUAUAUUAUCCUAUGACCAUCUACUUUUCUUUGCUUAGCUUAGCUGUGACUUGUGCCUCCAUGUCCUGCGCUUCUACAACAGAAUUUUUCCAGAAGUAGCUCAGCCUGUUCUAGUACAGUGCAACACCAGCUGAUGGGAGCAAAACCAUUGUUGUUUUAAAUGUAGCAUACCUUUGUGGUGUUAGUGUCUCUGAAAACACAGUAGCUUCUGAACACCCAUGGUUCCACAACUGUCUGUGCUAACACAAAUUAAUGACCAUCUUAAGUACUCCAAGGAAAGUGUUUUAAUGAAAGUGCUAAACUGUUCACCCCAGCAGAUACAGUUCCUUUUUAAAUUAAGAUUAUUUGAUUUGUUUGCAGCUUUUGAAAAUUUAGGCCAGUUAAUUAUGAGAAACGGAGAAUAUGCUUUUCAAAAAGAUCCAUAUAUAUUGUGCCUCUUUUAUGCAUGAAAGAGAACAAAUUGAACAAGCAAAAAAUUGAAUUCUCCUAACUCUGCUUGUUGGAACAGCUUUGCAUUUUUCCUUUAGGUAUAAAAUGUGUGUAUUGCAUUGCCAUACAUACUAUUACGACAUAUUGGUGGAUAAUGUGUAGAAUGCAUCAUACCAUUAUGUUGGUUUUAAAGAAUACUUUUUAAGCUGCUAUAGUUGUAAUGUAUUUCAUAGUUAAUGGUUUUUUAAAGCAAUGGAAAACUCAGGAAGAAAUACUGCUAUUGAUGUGAUGCAUUUAUUAAUAUUGUAUUUUGAAAAUUAAACUUACCUCAUUUCUGUUA